GGAGAUGCAUAACUGAAAUGGCAGGAAGGAGGGAGGAGGGUGAAUGUGGCAGGCGGAACCGAGCAGCACAAAGUAAGAGCAGAUCCCAUAUCUGUUACCAGCGGAGGGAGGUGCAAUAAGUAUUUCUUAGUAAUACGGAGAGUUUAUAGUGGGAGAGAGACGGGCGCACUUCUGACAGAUAGGAAAUAUCUUCCUCUCCGGCUUCGCUCGCAGUGACGUCACAUUUCUCUACGUGUAGCUGAAGCGCUGGAACCGGCUCCCUUUCCUGUCAUAGCGGCGGGGGGGGGCUGAGUCACGUGAUUCAUUGCCUGGCAGUGUCAGGGAAUGCCGUACCUGCCGCUGGCUGCUGAGGAGCGGGCUGAAUGGGACUCAGGCUCUCAGCCACUGGCACGUAAGUCUGUAACAGCAACCGGGAGAAAAAACCAUUAAUCAUGAAGAUUGGCAGGCUACCUUGUGUUCUUUUAUUUGUGUUGUGCGUUGUAUUAUUUAUUACUUAUAUAAAGUGGAAGCCAAGAAAAGAACAAGCCCUUGAUUCUUCAGAUUUGCAGAGUAAAGAUACAAAUGACAUAGGCAGAUUAAGCAGCAAGAAUGAAAUAUUUUAUGGAAUAAUGUUUGAUGCCGGAAGCACAGGAACAAGGAUCCAUGUUUAUCAGUUUAGCCGGACACCCAGUGGAGCACCAAAUUUGGACCAUGAAGAGUUCAGAGCAUUAAAGCCAGGGCUCUCUUCUUACGCUGACAACCCUUUAAAGUGUGCUCCAGGAAUUAAUGAGUUGCUGGAUAUAGCCAAGAAGGAAAUACCUCAGAACUUGUGGGCAUCUACACCACUGGUACUCAAAGCUACUGCUGGGUUGCGCCUCUUGCCUGGGGAAAAAGCACAGAAACUGCUUGAUAUGGUGAGGGAACUCUUCAAGGCUUCCCCUUUCCUAAUUGGGAAAGAUAGUGUUUCUAUAAUGAAUGGAACUGAUGAAGGAAUAUUUGCCUGGAUUACAGUCAAUUUUUUGACAGGUAGUCUAACCAGCCAUGAAAAGAAACACUCGGGAAUGCUUGAUCUUGGAGGAGGAUCAACACAAAUUACUUUUUAUCCUUACUCAAAGAAUACAUUGACUAGUUCUCCACCUGGCUAUAUCACAGAAUUUGAACUCUUUCACAACACCUACAGUCUUUAUUCACACAGCUAUUUAGGGUAUGGAUUAAUGUCUGCAAGGCUGGCAAUCAUGGGAGGAGAAGAGGGAAAAGCUUUAAAAGAAGGAGAAGAGUUAGUAACUUCCUGCCUCACACCUGAACACAAGACAGAGUUUAAACAUGCAGAAAUAACAUACAAGAUAAAAGGGCAAAAAAAUGAUGAGCCUUUGUACGUAUCAUGUUAUAAAAGAGUGCUAGCAGUACUUGGUGGUAAAGUUGAACGGUCCAAGGAAAUACCAAACCUGUUCUUCUAUGCAUUUUCCUAUUACUAUGAUCGUGCUGUGGAUGCUCACCUGAUUGAUCCUGAACUUGGUGGCUCACUAAAAGUUAAAGAUUUUGAUAUGGCAGCAAAAAAAGAAUGUAAACUUAUAGAAGAGGCGCCAGGAGAGAAGCCAUUCCUUUGCAUGGAUCUUACGUAUAUAACUGUUCUCCUGCAGGAGUCUGGUUUCCCAGUGGAAAAGGAGCUAAAGCUUGCUAAAAAGAUUAAUGAUGUGGAAACCAGCUGGGCCUUGGGAGCAACAUUUUACUAUACCAGUAUAAUGAACAAACAGCACUUGUGAAACUUCACUUGUAGAUAACUCUGGGAGAAAAAAACUGUGAAUCUGGAGACUAUGUGAGCAAACAUAAUGAUAUAUGGACAUUCAGCAGUGGCAAAGAUUGGUCAGAUUUUAGCUCUGGCAGAAUAUGUGCUAUGUUUACACAUUGUGAAAAGGAAUUUUUUUAAUUUAUUUUUCUGAGGAUGGAUGGCUAAUUAACAAAUCUUUAACUGUGUAGGAUGUUUACUCUUGUAAUGUUUGUGUGAAAUUAUAAUGAAGGGAAAGUAAACCUAAACAACCCCUGAGAUGCUUCGCAGUAACUUCUCCCCCCCACUGAUUUCACUGAAAUCCCAAUGCUUUAUUAUAGGGUACUGAUCUUUACCAGGAUGAAGUAUUACAUUUAUUUAUUAGAUAUAUAAUAGGGAUGGAUAAAUCAAAGCUUUUGUCCAGAAGUUAUCCAAAUUGCGGCUUUUUUUCUUGCAUGAUUUAGAUUCAGCCAAGGUAACUGCCCCUUGGCUGAACUGAUAGAUAUUAUACAAAGUGGCUGUACUCUAAAUACUGUUGCCCCAUGUCUGUUGGCAUGAAGUGUCAUAUCUUCCUUAUCUGUCAAAUGAUGCACAUGUCCAGACUGUAAGGUAGUUGGGUCAAUCAUACAAACUGCUGACCAAACCUGGGCAUGUAUGGCCUUUGUAUUAUGGCCUUAGUAAAUUACAUUACUUGCAGCUAUUCGGUUUAAUCAUGGGGAAGUGCCUUCUUUUGCAUCUUCCUGUGAUUAAGCUGGGUCACUGUGAAUAAUAUAAUUUACUUGGAGUGAUUCAGAUCUUAGUUAAGGGCAUGGCAUUUUUGUGAGAUUUGUUGCCCACUGUAGCGCAUUUUUACAGCGGCCGACAAAUCUCCCUGCCAUUGCCCUAAUGGUGAGGCUGUUAUUGUUUAAGAAAAAUUAUCAGAUUUCCCUCCAGAAAGAAAGCAAAAUGGAUGCUAUAUGUGUAAUUGCUGCAUACGUGGGACUCCUAUAAUGUGUGUAAUCAAUUUCUUUUACAUUGUAACAAAUGUCUCGUAAAGGAUAAGGUACGUUUUUUAUGAACGUGUGGUCCAUUCUAGAAUAAUGAAUUGUUGUAUCCAUGCAGGAAGAAAUAUGUAUAACACCAUUGUGUCUAAUAGGAAGACAAUGUUUUAAUGAAACAUGAAUUAUUACCUGGAAUCUAAUUCUAAUGCAUCAUUAGGGUUGCUUUGUCAUUACCAUUGAUUAAAGGGGUGUUGCUGAUAUUCAGUAAGGUGUCUUAAAAAUGUAACGUGCUGUAUCCUUUCUGUAUCAGAAUAACUGCCCCUUCCUUCAUGCAGCUUAACUGAGUCUCACUACUGUGCCUUCUGCUUUGCUUUUACUCAAUCCCCUAUUUAUUCUCAAAUAUUGUUUAUUCUGCGUAUCAAACCAUUCAUAUAUAGAGUGACAAAAAUAAUUCUUCAUUAAAAACUAAAGAUUAGUAAACCUUCUAAUACUUGAAAUAAAAUGUAUAAUUUCCUUUUAACCUGAAUGGUACAACACAUGUUAGCUACCACAAACUGAAAUCCAGCACACUUGCCUAUACAUUCACAAAUCACAAUUUUAUCCAUAGAAAGACAGUGUCCACUGUGUGGUUUAAAAUUGUUUAGAGAAACAGGGUAUACUUAGUUCUUAUCCACUGGUUAAUCUCAGGCAGUCCAGUCUUAGUUUUGGGGUGGGUCUGGUUCUAAAUUAAGCAUGAAGCAUUUCACCUCCCCCCCCUUCCUCUGUAUGGCUAGGUAACCACAGGUGUUUUUACCUGUACAUCUAACAAAAGGCCUAUUGCAAACCCACAUAAUUUCUUAGAAUAUGUCCCGAUUAUUUUACAUUUAAGUUUAGAAAUGCUGUAUUAUAUAUACACAUGCAUUUAUUAUAUUAGCUUGUUUGCGGACAGAAGUAAUAUACAGGAAGACAUGCUUCUCCAUAGAGCAAACACCCUUCCAGUGCACAGAAACUGAGUUUAAAAAUACAACACCAUAGAAAGCAAAUCAUCCAAAUGCCAGCUGCAUUUAUGUUAAUUUUUUAAUGGAUAAAAAAAUAUGACAUACCCAGGUGAACAUAAAAAUAAAACAGUAUAAUUUUUUUAACUUUCUAAUUCGCUUCUCAAUGGCAUGCAUCUACUGAAGCAGACUUCUGAAAUGGCCUACUCCUAGACAGACAGAGCCGUGCUCCUUGACAGACAGACAGAGCCGUGCUCCUUGACAGACAGACAGAGCCGUGCUCCUUGACAGACAGGCAGAGCCGUGCUCCUUGACAGACAGGCAGAGCCGUGCUCCUUGACAGACGGGCAGAGCCGUGCUCCUUGACAGACGGGCAGAGCCGUGCUCGUGGACAGACGGGCAGAGCCGUGCUCGUGGACAGACGGGCAGAGCCGUGCUCGUGGACAGACAGGCAGAGCCGUGCUCGUGGACAGACAGGCAGAGCCGUGCUCGUGGACAGACAGGCAGAGCCGUGCUCGUGGACAGACAGGCAGAGCCGUGCUCGUGGACAGACAGGCAGAGCCGUGCUCGUGGACAGACAGGCAGAGCCGUGCUCCUGGACAGACUGACAAAGCCGUGCUCCUGGACAGACUGACAAAGCCGUGCUCCUGGACAGACUGACAAAGCCGUGCUCCUGGACAGAAAGACAAAGCCGUGCUCCUGGACAGAAAGACAAAGCCGUGCUCCUGGACAGACAGGCAGGCAGAGGCGUGCUCCUGGACAGACAGACAGGCAGGCAGAGGCGGCUCCUGAAGAGACAGACAAAGCCGUGCUCCUGGACAGACAGACAGACAGGCGGAGGCGUGCUCCUGGACAGACAGACAGGCGGAGGCGUGCUCCUGGACAGACAGACAGGCGGAGGCGUGCUCCUGGACAGACAGACAGGCGGAGGCGUGCUCCUGGACAGACAGACAGGCAGAGGCGUGCUCCUGGACAGACAGGCAGGCAGAGCCGUGCUCCUGGACAGACAGACAGACCCGUGCUUCUAAACAAGAUCCCUACCCAAAAACAAACAGACCUGUACUCAAAAACCCUUAUUCAAUAUAUGAAAUAGGUUUCAAAUGUGGAAUUUUAGAGGUGAGUUAAAGGACAAUAAAAACAACCUUUAGGAUGCAUUUAUCUUAACCUGUUUUAAAGAGUAAAUGUAUUUUAGGAGAAUGUUUGUAUCACUCACUGUAAGUUUAUAUAUUUGCAUUGUGAUUUGGGUAUAUGAUUUCAGGAUGUGAAGCAAAGGUGGGACUUUGUAAUAAUGAUCUUUUAUAAUGCAAUCAACUGUAAAUCUGAUAAGUUUUAACUACAAUUCACCUUUGUGCCUAUGUCAAAACUUGCAACUUCAUGAAAGAAUUGUCUGCAUUUAGCUGUUACUAUUACAGUGGCAUGAAAGUGUGUCCCAAGCUCUGGCCAUCUGUAGUCUAACAUAAGUGCUAGUGCAUGGUGGUGUUGUGCUUACUAACAUGGCUAAUGCAGCAAGCUGCUAAGCUAGAAUUAGAGACCUGAGAUGUCGGGCCCUAAAGUCUCCUCCAGGUUGAAAUUUUUUCAGUAGCUUUACCACUUAAUUAUAACAGGGCUGCAUAUGGGCAGAACAUCAGAACUGAGCCUUUAAAUUAAGGACUUUGGUCUUAAAGUUGGUUCUGCCAAAUACACCUUUAUGGAGCAAACUGUGUUACAACAUACCAGCUUGGUGGCUCUAGAGUAGAAGUACCACAAUUGCUGGCGUGCCCCAAAAGCAACAUUGCCACUGAAUGUAGACAUGACACAGCAAUGAUAGUAACUUUCAGUCAACCACUAAGCUUUAUGGCUGAUCUUGGACAUUUCAAGACCUGUGUAACUGGCACAGAGCUUUUUAAGCUUCCCUGUUUACAGGCCUAUUUUACAGUUGAGGGGCAUGUUUUAUUGUUGCAUCUGCCACUCUGCAAACUAUUUUGUGCCUGAAAGAUAUUCACUGACAAAUAUGGCCUUUGGCAGGUUUAGAGAUCUCAAAUGUAGUGUAAAUCAAAGCACAAUUAAAUGUUAUAUUCAAAUUACACACACAAAUGUGCCAAUUAUGCCCGGUAAUCAUGUACCUGCUGUAGAUCUGCAAGCACUUAGAAGCAAUGGAUUCUGGUUCCAGUAGUGUUUCUUAUUUUUCUAUACUACUAUUAUUAUGUAUGUUUCUAAUUUAUUGGUCUAAAUUUGUAGUUCUGUAAAUUUUUGUAACGUAUGCCUAACAAAUUGUCUUUUUUUAAUGUUCUAAGCCUGAUUGUGCAGUAGCAAAGAGUGCACUUGUGUAGACUGUGUAUUCAAGGGCUAAGUUGUACCUCAGGACUGCAAAACGUGUACUGUAAUAAAGACAGUGAAUGUACUA